UUUAUAAUGUGAUGUUGCACCACUCACUCGCUGUGUUUCUCUUGCCUCAGGGAUAGCAGUUAUUUGUUAGGAUGGAAGUGAAGUGCAUUCUGGGCCUUGUGGUCCUGGUGGUUGUGUCAGCUUGGGCUGAGGAGGAGGCUCUGAGUGCUUCAGAGCAGAUUCAGAGAGUCAACAGGGAUGUUGUCCGUUCUCCUGAUGAGCCGUAUAUAGAGGACGAUGUUGCCUACAAGUCUGAGACUGAGAGAAAUGCUGACCCCUGUACGUCUCGAGGCUGCAUGUGGCCCAAGUCCACUGACGGGAAAGUCUACAUAGCCUACACCAUUUCAAGAGUGUACAGCUCUCGUGAGGUGUCAAUCAUCGAGCGUGGUCUGCAGUCCUUCCACGAUUUCUCUUGUAUCCGCUUUGUCAGACGCAGCAAUCAGAGAGACUACCUGAACAUCCAGUCCUUAAAUGGGUGCUACUCCUACAUUGGCAAUCUUAAAAACGGGCAGGAUCUGUCCCUGUCGCGCUCAGGCUGCGUUUACCACCACACUGUCCAGCAUGAGGUGCUCCACGCCCUGGGCUUCCACCAUGAGCAGAAACGCUCUGACCGUGACCAGUACAUCCGCAUCGUGCUGGAGAACGUCACCCCUGGAAUGGAGCACAACUUUGACAAAAUCAAUACUCUGAACCAGGGAACCGCCUACGACUACGGCUCUGUUAUGCAUUAUCACCAAUAUGCUUUCUCUAAGAACAACCGGCCCACCUUGGUGGCCAUCCCUGACUCCAGUGUUGAAUUUGGCCUGGCCUCUGAGAUGAGCCAGAUGGACAUCAUCAGGCUCAACAAGCUGUACAAAUGCUGAACAGGUGUGAAUGAGGCCCUGCAUACUUCAGAAAGAGAAUCAUCAUCAUCAUAUCUUCAUUCAGUCACUGGGUUGACAACAAAUUCAGUUUGAAUGAAUCAACAUCAAUAAAUCUGCAUUUAAACAUACA